UCUUAGAAACAGGACAGGUGGAAAGGACCAGAAAUAGCUAAAUCUCCGUGAAUGGACAAGAAGGAAAUUAGGUUUUACAAAUGCCAAUCUACUAUGUACAGAGCAUUUGACAUACUUCCUCUGACUUCAUAAAAACCUCAAAACAGCUCUGUGAACAAAGUUAUUCUUAUGGAUGAGGAAAACAGCACUCUGGUGACUGAAUGUGACUACCUUCUUUUUGAAAAGAACUGAGAAAAGAGAGAAAAGGCACUGACCCAACAGAGAUUAGACUCCUACUUUCAACUGCCUAUUCUUCCCUGAAUCUUUAUCCUUUCCACCCGCAAGCAAGGAUAUCGCAGAAUGCGUUUCUGUAUGUCCUUCCCUAAUCGGAAAAGACUUCCAUACCAAGCUCAAAUUCUAAGGUGGGCGGGGAUGAAGAGAAGGUAAUUGCAAUUAACUUAUAUCUCUAAAGUGAAGAACUGAGGUAUUUAAAAUGGAUUACAGUAGUUUCCCCCUAUUCGAGGUUUCAAUCUUGUGAUUUCAGUUACCCAAGGUCAACCGACUCUGGAAACAAAUAAUCUUCCUUCUGACCUACAGUCAGAAGGUCAAUAGCAGCCAAACUAAGUCACAAUGCCUAGGUCAUGCACCUCACAUCAUCUCACCACACAGGCAUUUUAUCAGCUCACAUCAUCACAAGAAGAGUGAGUACAGGACAAUAAGGUAUUUUGAGAAAGACCACAUUCACACAACUUUUGUUACAGUGUAUUGUUAUAUUUGUUCUCUUAUUAGCUAGUAUUAAUACCUAAUUUAUAAGCCCUCAUAAGAAAAAACAGCAUGUAUAGGGUUCAGUGCUAUCCGUAGUUUCAGGCAUCCACAGUGGGUCUCGGAAUAUACCCUCCCACAAGUACCAAGGGAUAAGCUACUGUAGCUUAGUCUAGGACACCGAACAGACUACCCCAACAUCCUUGUUAGCAAGCUAAAACAAAAGACAAUAGCAAAAAAAAAAAAAAAAAACCAAAAAAAAAAAAAAAAACAAAACGGGAGGGGGAAUGAAAGUACUAGGAAUACAUUACAAGUGUAGAUCAUUAUCAAUAGUUAAACAACAGAAAAGUAUUUACAAAUGUUAAAAUUAUUCUAAUUCUUAAAAGGCAAUUUUAAUUCAAAACCACUGUUGGGAGUCAUCCGUUACUGCUCGUUAGUGGGAAAUAAAUCUACGGCACUUCGUCGGGAAUUGUUGGGAAUUGACUCCCAACACUUCCUAGCAGACCCAACCCCCUACCACCCUCCUCCCGUCUUAGCCUAAGUGGCAGCCUGAGCUAAAGACUGGAGCACUGCCUUGUCGUCAGUGCUGCUUUUAAAAACGAUUCUAGGUGAAAACUCCUGAGCAACGAACUCUUAGGGAGUGUAGAACGCACAGCUUGAGUGAAAUCCCCUAGACAGAGUGCAGGGCUUAAGGAAGCUACAAAAACCGGGCCCCCCACUGUCGAUUUCGCCAGGAUUCUUUUUUGUUUUGUUUUAAUCUGCCUGGGGCAGCAGCAUAGGUUGGAAGGCGGAGACUGGAAUCGCCUGCCAAGCCUGGGCUCUCGGUCACAGAGGCAGCGCCUCCCGGUUCACGCCAAGUCCAUCCCCCACCUUCUUUCGCCAUUCAUGGCCUUCCCCUCCCCUCCCCCCAUCAUGUGACCGCAGCCUGGACUCCAGGCUUGUUUUUCCCCUCAGCUCAGCCGCACCGCGCAGGCGCCUCGGAGCCCAUUCAUUCGAAAUGCGUAACAAUGAGCCCCGGGGCCCAGCGGCUCCGCGAGCUUCCCAGCUCGGCCCGAGCCCCUCUCGGCCCCCAGUGGAGGCGGCGCCUCAUUGGGGUCCCCCACCCCCGGCCGGCCACCCACUCGGGACCAACCUCCGACCCUCCGCCCACACUCGCGGAGUUGAAGUCAAACUUUCCUGGGCAGCCCCGGCGCCGCGUCGGCCCCUUCCCCCGCCCAGGCCCGCCCCAUCUCCGCACCCGGACGGGCCACCCACCGCGCAACGCGGCCCAGAGCGCCGACCUCGCCGACUCCUCCCAGCCCCAGCCGCAGAGACCCCCCUCGGGCCGCGCCGCCGCGAAGCCCAGACGGCGUGUCAAUCACUAGAGUGAGCGCUUCGGAUUGGAUUGCUGCCGAGACUUCGGGGACCUAAGCCAAACUUUGCCCCCGAAAUGGAUUGUGGGAUUCGUAGUCUCAGCCUUGCUCUGUUCUUCUGGGAAACUGCAGGCGAGAGAAACUAGUUGGACUACGUAUCCCAGAAGGGCGUGCACAGCGCUGUCUUGAUAGUAAACAAGAGUCAUAGGGACACGUGUAUCAGCUCGUUUGUUUUGGUGUCUGGGACAAAAGGGAGGGGGCGGAGGAAGCGAGUGUUUUAAAGCUUUGGCCUCUACUCUUCCUCUGGGCCUCUCCUAGCACUCGGAGAGCCCCAGUCUCUCGCAGCACCCAUUUCGGGCCAUAAACAGGCAGAGUCGCUCGCUGCUCAAAGUUUGGCAGGAGGCCAAGGUAUUGUUUUAGUGCGAGGGGAAGGAGAUGACUGCACAGGCGGAAGCAGUGCAGCCUCGCGAGGGACCAAGCCACCCACAAAUCACAGCCCCAGGCAUUAUGGGGAUAAUAAAGGUGGUAUCGGGCUCCAGUGGGAAGAACUAGAAUUUCUUUAUCACGACCCUUUCCUGGCCACCCCCGGACAGCAACUUGAGAGGGUUUCUUUGCCAGCUCUGAUCAGUUCACCCAAGAUUUGUUGAAUGCUGGCUGUAUGCCAGGCACUGAAAGGCUUGGGGACUAAGAGAAAAGUUCAGGGUCUGGAGAAUUUAUAAAGCUGUAAGGGGAUGGAUGAUUACUAUUGACUUAGAAAUUGAGGCAACCCAAAGCGGUAUUUUCCAUGUUGACCAGCUUGCUCGUUAAGGUAAUAGAGGCGUAACGUGUGACCUAAACUGAAUUUGUGAAUCAUCCAAGUUUCCCUGGUAAGUUUUUGUUAACCAGUGUUUUCCUCCAGACGACUUCCCAUUGAUGAAAGAAAAAUGUCUUUCCACUUCGUUGCCACUAGGAGUUCCUCCUUAAGUUACUAAUACUCUGACUCACCAGAGGAGGAUAGCUUCCCUGGCUUUAUAGUUAACUUCACUUUAAACAUGGCUGGCCAUCACAGUCCACGGAGUCUAUAAUUGUUUUUACCAUUAACAUUCAAAAGGCAUUAUUAAGGUUUUUUUUCUUUGAACUUUUAGUGUUUAAUCAUUUAAGCUAUGCUUCAGGUUUUGUAUCUUUAGAUCACUGUAUGCAUGCUUAGAAUUAAGAGGAAAACUGACAUUAGUUAGAAAUCUAUAAAGUCAAACCACUGAAAAGAGCCCUUAACCGUAACUGAUUAUUCCUUUAAACACUACCCCCCCUACAUUUCUUGAAGUGUUUUUUUUUUUUAAUUUUUUAAGGUUUAUUCUUGAGAGAAAGAAGAGGGGAGGGGGUGGGGCAGAGAGAGGGAGACACAGAGUCCAAAGCAGGCUCCAGACUCAAAGCUCUCAGCACAAAGCCCAAUAUGGGGCUCAAAGUCACAAACCACAAGAUCAUGACCUGAUCUGAAGUCAGAAGUUUAACCAACUGAGCCACCCAGGCACCCUGCAUUUCUCGAAUUUUUAAAUCUGCCUGAAAGCCACAAUGAAUAAAGAAAUCCCAAAUAAGUCUCAUGGUGAAAAAAGUUUUACAGUUCUUUUAGGGUUUCCCUGUUGGAAGCCUUGAAAUGAAAUUAUUUUAAAAUAGUUCUGUCUACCCUAUGAUCAAAGAUUUAUGUUCUUGUAUUCACAAAUAGUAACUUUUUUUCCUAAAAAUAAUUGAGGGCCAGCAAAACACCUAAAUUUUUCACUGAGAAGAAAGGACAGGGUUUGAACUUAUUAUCUUUCAGAGAUAAUAGAGGGAUCCAAAAAAGAACUAGACUGUGACCCUGCCGUUUUCUUUUUUCUUCCUUUUUUCCUCCUUGCAGUGGAGGGUUGCUGUAUCUCUGCAGUGUUUCAUUUUUUGACAAAAAGAGAAAUCGUAGAAUUUACCUAAUCGUUUAAAAUUAAAAUUUGAAGUAUUUAUGUCUUACUCCCACAAGGAAACUGAAAAUCAGCUUUCCUUCCCCCAAAAACGAGCUUUGAAAAGCCUGAGCCACUCCUUACCCCUAUUCGUUGCAUAAACCAUGAGGUCUGUUUUUAGCUGAACCUUACCUUAUUUUAAAAGGUUUUCUAUCCAAUGGGGCACCCGGGUGGCUCAGUUGGUUAAGUGGCUCAGUUGGUUAAGACUGUUGAUUUCAGCUCAGGUCAUGAUCUUGUGGUGAGACUGAGCCUAGCAUUUUGCUCAGUGCUCAGAACUGAGCUUGCUUGGGAUUCUCUCUGCCCCUCCCCUGCUCAUGCUGUCUCUCUCUCAAAAUAAAUUAAAUAAAUAAAUGGUUUUCUAUCUGAAAGUUCUUACCAAAAGCUUUACUGGAGAUGUUUUUAUCGGUGAACACAGUGAUGGGAAGAAUAAUUUCAACUUCAGAUCAAGAUUUUUUUACAUUAUUAUAAAUAAUUACCUUUGAAUAGUCCUGUAAAGUUUUUUUUUUCAUUCACUCAUUCAGAAAUAUUUAGUUCCUAUUAUUUGCUGACCACUUUGCCAAUCGAUGAGCCUACAAAGAUAGGAAAUAUUUUCACAUACUUUCAUUUUUGUCUAAGUCACUGGGGACUAAAAUUCUGACAUUUCAGUCACAACUGAUUAAACAUCAGUUUAAUGUCAGUUAAAUGUCAGUUAAAUGUCCAACUCUGGAUCUCUCAGCUCAGGUCUUGAUCUCAGGGUCAUGAGUUCAAGCCCAGUGUUGGGCUCUCCACUGAGCAUGAAGCCUACUUAAAAAAAAAAUGUCUACACCUUUAAGGUGAAUAAUUAGUUCUGUCUUUUGACUUUCCUGGGAAGCUAAAUGACCACAGUAGUACCUCAUAUAUAUUUAACAGGAACAUCAUCAUUAAUUCUUGGUGACUAAUAAAACCAACCAACUCAUAACCCAGAACAAAGAUCAAAGUAAAAAAAAACUAGUAAGAUCUUGAAAAUAUAUGUAAAUUCUACUCUUUCACUAAAACAGAUACAAUUAAAGAACACAUAAUAAACUAUGCCAAGAAGUUGUCAUUUAAAAUCAAAAUGUCUUUCCAGCAGUUUGUAAAAUACUUGUUUUCAUAAAAAAAAAAAACAUGAAGUGCUGAUUUGUUAAGAAGAUUUAUCUUUUUUUUUUACUACCUUUAACCAUAACUUUACUACCUAAAGUAGUAUUGUAAGGUAGUAGUACUACUUUACUACCUAAUUUAAGAAUUUAACAACGUAUUUGCCUCAAUUCCACUACAUUUGGCACACCAAUGACUACUUUGCUGGACUAAGAAAGAUUAAGUUCAAGUACAGGGCAUUGUUUACAUAUUGAGAAUAUCGCUGUUCAAAUUGUUAAAAAGGAAAUGAACAUUUAGAAGGGUCAAAACACUUACAUGAAUCGACAGUUGAGCAAAAUCACCUCCCACCAAGGCUAUUUUAUAAUCAAGUGUUGACUAUCUCAUGCAUUUUAUUGAAUACUGUCCUGAAAGUGAGAAAUAGAAUGGCUGUUACUGUAUGGUUUGUGGACCCUCAUAACCAGAUGUGGGUGACUGGGAGCUGUGGCUGGCUGCCCUACCCAGGGUCAUGAGAGAGGAUCUCCCUGCACACUGCUAGCCUGCGGAGAGAUCAGAAUUCAAAGUACAGUUUCUACUGAGUGCACAUUGCUUUUGCACCAUCAUAUAGUCAAAAAAUUGUGAGUCAAACCACAUGGGACCAUCUGUACUAAAACUAGGAAGUGGAACACAUGUAUAAUCUAAAAUAGUGCCCCAAAUUUUCAGAUAGUUUCUCUCUUGGUAGAUUAUUUAAACUCUUAGAAAUAGCCUUCCAUAUCCACUAUACACUAAAACAAAUUAAUUUUAGGGGUGCCUGGGUAGCUCAGUUGGUUGAGCAUCUAACUCUUGAUUUCGGCUCAUGUCAUGAUCCCAGGGUCAUGGGAUCAAGUUCCACGUUGGGCUCUAUGCUGAGCGUGGAGCCUGCUUAAGAUUCUUUCCUCCUCCCCCAAUGUGUAAGCUUUCUUUCUCUCAAAAAAAAAGUAAUAAUUUUAUAAUUCCAAGUACUCAGGUACACUCAAAUUGUAAGGAAAUGCCUGGGAGCCUAUGAGUGCCAUCUUAGAAAGUAGUAGUAUGUCUGUUGUGCUUGUAAUUCUUGAUUCAACUAUGAUUUUAAAUUAUACUCAGAUGACCAUAAAGCAA